UAAAUGUAUUGUUAUAUAUAUAUAAAAAGAGAUAAAAAAAAGAAGAAGAAGAGUAAAAAUAUCGAGCAAAGUUACGGCUACAAGUUACAUAACUUGUGCUAAAUGUUUAUAAAUGUUUCUUUCUCUGCAACUAUAUAAGCACACCCACACAAAAACACCAAUACUACUAUACUUUAUUGUUUACUGUUUAUUGUGAAUGCAAUCCAAUCCGUACAUUUGUUUAUCGAAACUCUUAAUGGCGUUACUGGAAAUUAAAAAAAAAAAAAACUAUGUAUAUGACAGAGCGUAUUUAGACGUACAGGCAUACAGACGAUCUAUCUACGCCAAGUGAAUUAAUUGUAUUUGUGCUUAAUUUAUAUUAUUCAAAUAUCCUUCAAUCAAAGUAUUACAUACACGAAAAACAAGAAAAAAAAACAUCAAAUGAUACAAAAAAAAAAGCGAUACAAAUAAAGUCAACCAAACAUGAGCUAAAACUAUCUAACAUUUUUAAUGGCAUACGCAACCAAGGAUUUCUAGAAAUGCGCUUUACUUUGUGAGUGGUGGAGAAGACGAUGUGGAAGCAGCGAGAGCUCCUGAGAAUGCCUCUAGCGGACGGCCCCAAAGGUACGAAGGCCAAAAAGGCAGUGGGGGCGAGCGUGGUAGCCGCUGCUCGCAAAGAUUCCACGGCCACAAACGAGGAAGAUUCGGAGGAAGCCGAAGCUGAAGCGGAGGCAAUGGAUCAGGAUAGCAAAGACGAACAAGAUAUGGACAAUGAUGAGGAGACUGAGGACAAGGAGGAGGACGAGCGCGAUAGCAAUGACACAAGUGAGUCUGAGGAGCAUGCCGAGCCACCGGCCUUCAGCUUGGCCACCUUGGGUCUGCAACGCGUGGGCAGUGCACCGCCCCCGAAACCGAAGGUAUCCAAGGCACCGAUUCUAACAUUGAACGCACGCGGAAUGCCCGCCCGUAUACGCAAACGGAAUCCCUUCUUUUUCGACGAGAACAUUAUUAACGAUGACAAGCCGUUGCGCAUGAGUUUGUCGCCCAAGAAGUUGCCCGUGCGCGGAGCCAUCGCCAAGGCUCUAACCCCCUCGAAGGUGCUCAAAAAACGCAAAGGCGUCGUCUCGCGUUACAUGCGUUCCAGCGACGGCAGUCCCGGCGGUCCUGGCAGUGCCCCAACCAGCACUGGCAAUAGUGUCGGACGUCCCAGAAAGAACCCCAUUCUGAAGGUAACUGCCAAGCCAACAACGGCAGCCGCCGCUCCUGCAGCGCAACCCGCACGUGCGGGCAAGCUGCCACACGGGAACUCAAAAGCCGCCGCUGCCUACAAAGGUUCUUCUGUUGGGAAAGGCGCUGCUGCUGCUGCAGCUGCAGCCGCCGCGGCUGAAGAAGCCACACACAAGGCCGCCGAACAGGUGGCGGCCAAUAAGCGAUUGGGCCAGUCCAUUGGACUGCGUCUCCGGAAUCUGCUAAAGUUGCCGAAGGCGCACAAAUGGGCGAUUGCCGAGUGGUUCUAUUCGUAUAUAGAUAAGCCGUUGUUCGAUUGCAAGGACCACUUUAUGAACUAUGUGAGCGAUCUGGCGCCGCGCCUCGAUAUGCGCCAUUUAAAUCGUCACGAAUGGGCCAAUAUACGACGCCGCAUGGGUCGGCCACGUCGCUGUUCGACCAAUUUCUUUAACGAGGAGCGUCGCGAACUCGAUCGCAAGCGCCAAUUGAUACGUACACUGCACUCGCGCAAGCCCGGCGAGCUGAAGGACUCAAUGCUUCUGGCAGAUAUGCCAGACAAGAUACCAAUGCCAUUGCCAUUGGGCACCAAAGUGACGGCUCGUCUGCGUACGCCACAGGAUGGUAUCUUUGCCGGUACCGUUGCCGCCUACGAUUCACUAAAUGCCAUGUACCGCGUGACCUUUGAGCGGCCGGGCUUGGGCACUCACUCCAUACCGGACUUUGAGAUCGUGUCGGAGAACUUCCACGAAAUGCUGCCACUGCACAGCUUCACCAAAGACUUCCGGCCCAAUCUAAUGAGCAUCUAUCAGGCGAAUAGUGUGGGUUUCACCACAAAUUUGGGCUUCACCACCAAUCUGGCCAGCAGCUACUCAUCCCAGAAGCGUGUUCAAUUGCCGGCCAGCCACGAAAAUGGUAACAGCAACAGCCACAACAAUGCCGCCAGCCUAAUGACGCCACAAAAGCAGUUGGCGACUAACAAUGCGGCCGCACGUAAUGCACUGAACAUGAAACUGAAUCGCAACGAUCCGUUGCUGGGUCAAGACACCAUUGGUGCCAAUAGUCCCUUAAAGCCGCAGCUCUCACGCAAUCAUGGCUAUCCAACGGAAUUGUUGGAGCACCUCGUUCAUCUCGAGCGCUGUAUUGCCUUGAAGACAUCGCAAAUUCAACGUCUAAACGAAAUGAAUGCUAAGGCCGAGCUGGACUUUGGCGAGAUGAUGGGCCAAGAUGCUGGUCAAGAUCCCUGGCACAUUGGUGAUGAGUUUCAGCGACGCUACGCCUCCAAUAUAAUAUCGAUUGAGCGCAUCAACUGGGAUAUUAUGAACGAGCUGAACCGGGUGCAGGAAGAGUCGACGCGUCUAACACGCAACCCCAAUGUACAAGCCAUGAUAUCGCCGACGCUCCUGCGCGAAGAAUGUCGCGCCAAGGCCAGCAAUGCGGUGGAUGAGAUGAACAAGGGUCUGGUGAAGAAUGGACGAAUGGUGAAGUUGUUGAAGAAUUUGGCCACCCUGCUUGUUGUCACACAGCAAUUGGGGGGCGACUACGAUGGAGCGGAGGUUAACAAAGUGCUCGAGGGCUGUAUCGAGGAGGUGCGCACGAACCUGACGUCACCAGCUAAUGUCGAAAUAUUCAAGAAGCGUGUUCAGACACGUCUUCAAUAUAUGGCCUUUGAUAUAAAUCGCAAUCUAGAGGAGCGCAGCUUUUCCAAGGACCCAGUCAAGCUAAAGACCGAUGAGGACGACAAUGAUGACGAGCCUCAGAAAACGAAAGCCGAUCAAGACGAGGUAGAUCUCGGACUGAGCGAGCUGAAAAAGGAAAUAGAACCGGACGAUAAUGAUAGAGUCUGCGAGAAAAGCAAAAGAAAUGAUGAUUCGGAUCUUGGAGUUGAGCGCAUGGAUGUUGAUAGUGCCGAUAAAGUUAAAUCCGAGGAUGAAAAGGUAGCGGACGACAUCGAUGAGGCUAAACGGAAUAGCACAUACAUUGAUGGCGACGCUGAAGCCGACGAAGACACCGAUGCCGAUAAGGAGGAUGAACAAAAGGAGUCGCCUACCGUUGCCGAUGCAGAAGCCUUUGCUGAUGACACACAGAUCACCAUCGAGUCCGUCAGAGAAUCCGAGGAAGAAGAGUUUCAAUCUAUAGACGAGACAGAAAGCAACAAAAAUGUCCCACCACAUCCAGUUACACUAAAAAGAGGAGACCAAGAGCCCAUGCAAGUGGAAGAUGAGAAAUAUCUGUUCGAGCAUUAACGAAACAGAUGCCAUCCGAGCAACCCUCAUUAGUCGAUUCUACUUCAAGCUAGAUAUAAGAGGAGCGGGCAGUGUCCUACUCUUUUUUGCCUUUUUUAUUUUUUUUUUAUUAAUCUAUAAUAUUACACUAUACAUAUGUAUGUAUGAAUGAAUGAAGACUAUUGUUUUAGAUAAAUUCGCCCAGUUUUUAACUGAGACGACCCACGAUUUAAGCUGAUGGAAAUUUCACCCCAAGGAUGUUUUCUUUUUUUUUUCUUCCUUUGUUUGAAUAGAGAAAACCUACAAUAAAUCUGUAAAAAUCUUGCACCCCCAAUUAAACAUUAA